AUGAGCGAGGAAGAACAUGAACCCCGACGAACCGGAGGCGGCUUUGCUGCAGCUAGCACCGGAGGUCAUGCCGGGAGGACGGAGGGGGCACCGAGAGAUCGAGACCCACCACCUGCAUACGACGGAGAGAACCCGGAGGUUACGUUCCGCCAGUACGAGAAGCAGGUGGCCUUGUGGGAAUUCGAAACUGAGGUGCCAAAACCAAAGCGAGGCAUCAAGUUGCUUCGCCAGCUCUCAGGUGUGGCCAUGACGGCCGUGGACGACAUGGAGAUCUCGGAGAUUGCCACUGAGCAGGGAGUCAAGAACAUCCUCGGCAAGCUCCGUGACUACUUUCUGCCACACCUUGAGGUUUCAUUGCCAAGGGCAUUUGAAGUCGCGGUCUACGGACCGCCUCGAGGCAACAAGGAGUCCUUCGCCGAGUACACGAAGAGGAUGGAGCGGGCCUUCAUCAACCUCGCCAAGGAGGGCGUCGAAUUGCCCGACGGGGCCAAAGGGUACAUACUGUACCGACAGGCCUCCCUGACGGAAGCCCAGGACCAGCGGCUGCUGACCUGGGCCGAAGGCCAAUAUGGCCGUGGCGAGAUCACGAAGGCCUUGAGGAGGUUGGACAAGGUCAUCAAGGAGAAGGACAAGGCCAAGGGAAACUAUGUCACUGAAGAGAGCUAUGUCCUUGAGGGGUCCUCCGGCAUCCACUACGAAGCGGACGGCGAUGGCGCAGCGGCCUGGGAGGAUGACGAUGAGAACUACGUCUUCCUGGCCGAUGGGGACCUUGAUGAGGUCAUGGACGAGCAAGACGUGAUGAAUGCCUUAGCCUCCUACAAUGACACCCGUCAGGCACUCAAAGAUCAACGGCUGGGACGAGGCUUCUUCCCAGGGAAAGGCAAAGGCAAGAUCAACGCCUUCCAGAAAGGCAAAGACAAGGGCAAACGCCGCGUUCACAUCGAGCAGCUCAAGUUGCGCACCAGGUGCAGGAAGUGCUUGCAAGUGGGGCACUGGGAAAGAGAGUGCCAAAAUCCACCGGCGAGCCAAGCCGGAAAAGGAGAGAGCCGCACCUUCUACGUGGGACUACGAUCUGAGAGCGAUAGUUUCUCCACGUCGCAGCACGAUUUUUGGUUGCGACAGUUUGUGAAGGAAAGUCGAGCUCGACAAGAGACCUCGACGGAGUUCAACAAUGGAGCCAACCCUUCGAAGCGAUACAUGGAGCGGGCAUGUAUGGUCAAGGAGGGAAAGGUGAAUUUUUGUGGCAUCACCACCCAAGCGGUUGAGGGGAUAGUGGACACGGCAGCUGAGGGUGGUUUGAUCGGGAAGGAGUCUCUUCAUCGUCUCGAACGGGAACUCGCCGGUCGUGGUUUGCGAAUCAAGUGGAUUCCCAAGCAGUCAUUCGCCAAGGGGGUAGGAGGCAACGCGGUGGUCGAAGGGGUUGCAUUGAUUCCUUUGGGGCUUGGAGGCAUCAAUGGUGUUUUGGAGACCACCGUAGUGCAGGGUGACGUCCCGUUUCUACUUCCGGUAAAACUUCUCAGGGCAUUGGAGGCGGUCAUCGAUUUGAAGAACAUGGUCAUGCAGGUCCCCUCACAUCAGGUUUUUCUACCACUUCGUGAACUCGCAAGCGGUCAUGUCGCCGUCAACGUCAUGUCGUUCGCAGAGGGCAAGUUUUUGGUUCCUCCGGAAGCCGGUACGCAAGAGGAGUUUGAGAUGGAAUCACUCUGUUUUGCCACCACAGCAAUGCCGGCUCAAUCACUUUUCGCCGGUGCUCAAUUCGAUCGGCCCGGAGACGCCUCUCGCCCAUCACCACCACAUGGCGUCGCUGCUGAAGAAAGCCAAAGCAUUGGUGGGCGCUACUCCUUCCACGGAUCCAGUGCCGAUGGAAGUCGGGACACCACAGAGGCCUGGUGCUUGGACUUGGACUCGCAGCGGCCGGGGCGCAAGUCUUUGGAGACAAUCGCGGACUACUACUCGGAGGUGAUCAUGCAUGCACAAGUGCUGAAGCCCCUCCAGAGCAAGAAUGUUCAGAAGAAGAUCAAGGACGGCCCCUUGAGCAUGAAGUACCAGAAGGGGGAGCCCACAUCACCGAAGAGCCCGAGUACCUCCACUCCAGCACCAAGGACACCGAUGAGGAGCGAGGGCAGGAUCAUAGACGAUGCCAUGAUGGCAACACCUCCAUCCGGGGGAGAAACCCUGGAGGCCCUGAUGGCCAUGAAGCAGGACCUGAGAGUCGAGAUGGGCACUCAUGCCCAGAUCAUGCUUCAGCAGCUGAGGAACGAGCAGGCCGCAUCCUCUGUUCAGCAAUCUCAGAUGAACGCAGUCCAGCUGCAACAGAUAGCCGAGGAGGUGAAGAGGGCUACGGUGGCGAACCGCGAGCAGGAGAUCCGACAGGAGAAGCUCACGCAGAUGCUCAUCCAGGCCAAGAGUCCGGACACGGCUCACGACCCUCGAGCAAGCUCCAGGAGAUCACCUCCACCAAGACCGAGCAAGCUCUGCCUGUGUGGGCGCCCGGCCGAGGCCUUGAUCGUCAAGAAGGACGGACCGAGGAAGGGGCGCAUGUUUUGGAAAUGCGUCCAACGCCGAUGCGACCUCUUCGAAUGGAUCGACGAGAAGGACCAGGUCGACCUCGACGAGGUGAAGACGGCGGCUUCAUCCCUGAACCCAAGAAGGUCCAAGAGCCCGAAGAGGGAGGCCUCAGCGGCGGCUCCUACGGUGGGGAACAGCUGGUGUCAGGUGUUGCACCAGCAGCGCCAUUCGCUGGGCGCGGAGGGCUCAGCAGGGAAGCAACCCGCUGGUGGAGACCUAUGGCAAUUUAAUUUCUGGAUGAAGAAUGCCACCGGCGAUUGGAUUGAAGCCUCCAACGUCAUCCCGAAGGACGCCGUCGAGAUCUAUGUCCAGGUGAGGCACACCCGGAGAGGCGAGUUCCAAGACAUGUGGGAGGACUUCAAAAGCUCCCACUUUUCGAGAAAGGAGCGGCAGAUGUUGUCAACGGCAAUGAAGAAGAUGCCUGCCGCCGGAAAAGUCCUCUCGGAAGUCUUUUGUCCGCCCCGCAUCACCAAGAUCCUGAGGAAGAGAGGCUAUGAUGUGGGCACCAGUUUUGACCUCCUAACCGGAUGGGACCUGAGCAAACCAGAAGAGCGGAAGGCCAUGUGGAAGGCUUUGAGAGAAGAGCGGCCAGAAGUGAUCUUGGCGUGUCCCCCAUGCAAGGCCUUCAGCAGAAUGCAGGCAGUGAACUGGGGUCGAAUGGAUCCAAAGAAAAGAGUGCACCUCCUUCAAACUGGACGAGAGCGUCUACAUUUGGCCAUCGCAGUCCUGCGCUGGCAGCUGAGAAGAGGAGGGGCAAUACUUUUUGAGCAUCCAGACGGGGCCACCUCAUGGCAAGAGCCCGAACUGCAGUCUUUGGCGGCCAGCCGCGGAGUCCAGACCGUCGUGUGCGACCAGUGUAUGUUCGGGUUGAACGUGGACGGCACUGGCUUGAACAGAAAGAGAACAAGGUGGCUCUCCAAUAUGCCUCCGGUUCUGGAGGCCCUGGAGGUCAAAUGUGACAAGAGCCACUUCCAUGUCCCACUGGAGAAUGGUAGGCCGCUCCUGGCUCAAGUGUACCCGGACGGGCUGUGCCAGGCGAUCUCGAACGGCAUCCUCAAGUACCUCAACGGCACCUCCACCUAUGCAAUGGAAGAAGAUCAGGACGAGGACGAAGAGGAGGCCCAGGACGAACUUGAUCCAGUGCCGGAUGAAGGCCCCGGAGACUACAACCCAACGGAGGAGGAGAAGAAGGCCGUGAUGAGAGUGCAUCGAGCAGUCGAGCAGGCCAAGAACAGGUACUCCAAUAGAUCUGGCUUCGCACCGAUUCAACGACAGAUUGGACAGUGGCCAAGAUUGCCGACGUCAAUCAUGUCAGAUGAGGCAAUAGACCCAACGCUGUUGAACGGGGUGAUCACCGAUGACUUGGAGAAGUUGCACCACAUGCGGAACAUCGCGCACAAGGCAUUCUGCGAGCACAAUGCCAAAAACACCCUGAAGCGAGCCCUUCGAGCACGUCCACGAGUAUGGGUGGACUACAAACCCGGGGAGUAUGUGUUCGUGUUUCGAGUACCUCGCAUGAAGAAGCGGAAGCACGGGGGACCCGUCGAUGACGCCUCACUCUCAACAAAGGCAAGAUGGGUCGGCCCCGGGGUAGUCAUAGCUCCAGAUGGAGCGAACCUCUGGGUAUCGAUGCUGGGUGAGCUCUGGAAAGUCGCUCGAGAACAAUGCCGCCCUGCCACCAACGAUGAGAAGAUGGGAAUCGAGGCGGUGGUGCAAGAGUGCCAGGAGUUGGUCGAAGAGCUCAAAAGAGGGUCUCACCGGCUGGGAUACAAAGACUUGACUCAAGAAGAGUUUCCCCCGGAGGAAGAUGGAGGAGAAGGAGACAGAGAACAACAAGGAAGACAAGACCAACACCCACGGUUCGAAGAAGCCGUAGAAGAAGUGGAAUACACUCCUACACAAGUCGAGGGGGAGCACGAAGAAGAUCCCGAAGAAGCCGGAGGCGUGCCAGAGACGCCGCCGGUGAACGUGGACCGACCUCCGAUAGACCCGAUGUCACAUGAGGUGCAAGAAGCAUUGAGGCAAUCCGAACUGGAUGCAAAUCGGCUGGAUGGAGUGCCAGGUCCAACAUCAGGGCCAAUCUAUCGAUGGCAACAGAGAGCCAGGCAGGACCACAUCGCCCCCUACUUUGAGGACCAGGAAUGGUUUCUAGCUGAAGCUGAAGAGGCCAUGGAGGAGGAGAACCAGACCAGACAGACGAAGAUCAGGCAGCUAGCCAAAACCAGGGCUGAGAAAGAUGAGUGGUCGCUGGACUGGAAGAAUGGCACGCUGACCAGGCACCAUCGACGCAAAAGAAAGGCCAAGUUCGACCCGAAGCUCAACUCCGACGCCCCACUGCCGUGGACUUUCCUGACGGAGCGUCGAGAGACGCAUGUGAGAAAAGCGCAUGAAGGGAUGAUGGAAGAAGACGACUGGCAGACGCCACAACGGAAGAGUCUAGAUGAAUGGUGGAAAGGCAAAACCGUGUUCUACCUGAAGGAGAUCAAGGAGGCGAAGAACUAUGUGGCCGAGAAGAAAGGUCAAGAUGAAGGGAGACCGGACGCCUCCGGACCUUCAAGCCUGAUCGCAUCAAAGCUCUCCAAGCUGACCAUCGAGGACAUCCUGCAGCUUAACCAGGUUGUGACAGAGCUCAAAGCCCAUUCUGAGCUGAGCCUAAAGGUGCAACCCCUGAAAAAGAUGCGGCUCAGCGUCGUGACCGACGCUUCAUUUGCUAACGCGGGCUUCCACUCCCAGGGAGGGCAUUUGGUCCUCGCCCACGAGAACAACCUCCGCGAUGGAGCCGCAGUCACCACGAAUGUCUUGGCCUGGAGGUCAGGGAAGCUGCAGCGAAUUGUCAAUUCGACUCUGGCUGCAGAGACACAGAGCCUGUCGAGGGGGCUUGCCGAGCUGCUAUGGAUCAUGGUGAUGGUGCAGGAGUUGACUGACGGCACCUUCAACAUCAAAGCGUGGCGCAGCCGGCUGGAGGGUGAGGAGCUCCUGGUGAUGAGCUCUGAGCUGAGUGAGCGAGGCCUGCAGGAAUCUCUCGCGGUGGUCGACGCGAAAUCGCUGUACGACCAUUUGUCCAAGGACUGUCUAGGCGGACAGGACAAGAGGACCGCGAUAGAAAUCCAGAUCAUCCGCCAAGAUCUAAAGGAACUUGGAGGACAGGUCAAAUGGGUAGAUCACUUAGCCAUGCCGGCAGACGGUCUAACCAAGGUCCUUGGUUCCAACGCCGCUUUGUACGAGUUGAUCAACUCGGGGCGUUUUAGCAUCCGGCCCACCGAAGAGCUGAUGAAGAAGCGAGCGGAGGCUCGCAGUGCCGGGCAAAGCAACGCCGACAUCCGGCGAUUCGGGAUCAAAGAAAAUACUGGGUGCUGUGAAUCCAUGUAUCCUGACAUGUCCACGGUUGAUCCCGAAUCCUCAAUGCCUAUCCGGCUCGAUGUACAGGGGCCGUAG